AUGAUUGCUACGAAAAGUAAAAGCCAUAUUAGUUGGCAUCUAAUCUGUUUGAUAUGGUGCUGUGUGGAGCUGACACAGGCUCAGGGGAAGCUGGAGCUGGAGCUGGAGUCGAGUGCAAAAAUUGAUUGGCCCACGUUUCCCUGGUCGCGCAACAAUAAAACUAAUAAGCAAAGUCAUUCGAGGCCAAGCUUGCAGCUGAAGGAUGACUACGGUCAGGUGGAUAUAUCCAGUUUCAGUGGAUUUGAGCGUCAUCCCUGUCGUCGCGUUUGCCAGCAGGGCCAGAGCCAGAGCUGCUACUACCAGCUGGUGGUGCAUAACUAUCGUCGCUUGGGUCCCGAAUGCCAACGUUGCCAGUUUGAUGAGCGCACCUGUGCCGACGAGAACUGCAUCUAUGGAGAUGGCGUUGCCACGCCCGUCAUGGCCGUCAAUCGGAUGGUGCCCGGCCCAGCUAUAGAGCUGUGUGAGAACGACACUGUGAUUAUCGAUGUGCUGAACUAUCUGAAUGAGCCCACCACUAUGCACUGGCACGGCAUCCAUAUGAGUCGCAGUCCCGACAUGGAUGGAGUGGCUUACGUCACUCAGUAUCCGGUGGAGCCGGGCCAAGUGUGUCGCUACGAGUUUCAGGUCGAUCGCAGUGGCAGUCUCUGGUACCACAGCCACAUGGGCUGGCAGCGAGGCUUUGGUGUGGCUGGCAAUCUGAUAGUGCGCCAGCCACAUCAGACUAACCCCCAUGCUCGCCUCUAUGACUACGAUCUGGUGGAGCAUGCCCUGAUGGUUCAGGAUAUAUUCUACGAUUACGACAUACAGCAGGUGCGCAAUAUACUGAUCAAUGGCAAGGGUCGCAAUCAUCUGAGCCAACUACCUGAUCAGGAUGCCAGGCACCGCUAUGAGCGGCUACGUGUGACGCCUGGGUAUCGCUAUCGCAUGCGCAUUGUGCUCAACGGCAUCUUCAAUUGCCCCGUCGAGUUCUCCAUUGAGCAGCACAAGCUGCUGAUCAUCAGCACCGAUGGCAAUGACAUUGAGCCCGUGCUGGCUGACGGCUUCUUUCUGACCUCAGCGGAGCGUUUCGACUUUGUAUUGGAGGCGAAUCAAUAUACCAAGAACUAUUGGAUACGCGUCCGCGGCUAUGAGCAGUGUGAGGAUCGUAAGCUCUACCAGGGCGCGGUGCUCAGCUAUCGGGGAGCCGCUCGCAGUGAGCUACCACAGGGUGGUAUACUGGAAAGUCGUCAGGCCAGAGAUCAGGACGAGCCACCGCUAUUCAUCAAUGACUUUCGUUUCAAGCCGUUGAACGAUUCUUUGUCAGCGUUGCGGCAGCUGAACAAGGACAACGAUGUGGGCACUCUGUCGCUGCGCUCCGUCGAGCCGGUUCCUUGGCCCAGAUAUACCAAGUUUUUGACACACUAUUCCAGUCUGAGCACACGACAGGCACCCAAUGGUGAACUACUCUUCCAGAUCGAUGAGAUUAGUUACAAUUCACAGGGCAUUUCGUUGCUGCAAGGACGACAUCUGUACAAGGACGACGUUUACUAUAGCAAUCGCAGCUCGCUGGCCGCACAAGGACGCAAUUGCGCGCGGGAGCUAUGCGAGGGUGUUCAUGUCAUACGCCUGCCUGCAUACCGGGCCAUCGAAAUGGUUGUGGCCAAUCAUAUGGAGCCCACGCAUCCCAUUCACAUACAUGGCUUCACCUUCCGUCUGGUCGGGCAGGGAGUGCUGGGUAACCUGAACGACUUGAGAAAUAUCCGCGAACUGGAUCGUCGAGGACGUCUGCCUCGUCUGUCGGAUGACUAUGCUGCUGUGGCUAAGGACACUGUGCAGGUACCCGGACUGGGCUACGUGGUUUUACGCUUCAUCUCUGAUAAUCCCGGCUUUUGGAGCUAUCACUGCCACAUCGAGGCACAUACGGUGCAGGGCAUGUCAGCGGUGCUCAAGGUCGGCGGUGAUCAUCAAAUAAAACGCAUUCCAGCUCGAGUGGGCUGUUGA